GAUUUAACCAAAACCCGAAAUGGGAAGAAACAUAUAGGAAUACUAAAAUGAUGUCUUGUAUUCGUGUUGUGGUGUAUCCUUGUUAAGGUCAAGUAAAAACUGAAAAAAGAUGAUGGAAUAUAACAUGUUGGAAGACAGGGACAGUACUGUAAGAGAGUUACAGGAUUAUCUUAAAGAAUGUCAGAAUGAAGUUACACAUAUCCUGGAGUAUGUAGGAUGGACACCAGAACACUUUAUAAAGCAAGAUGAUAUUGUUUCCUGUUCAUUUGACAGCAGUCACAGAAUGCCUAGGAAAUAUCUGACUAAACAUGAAGAAAAAUGUGAAUUGUUGUAUGUUGGCUACAAAAAAGAAGACUUGGCUGAUGUUAUUGGCUAUACACAAGACCCAACAAGUAGCAGUGUACACAUUGAUAGAGAAACAAUGAACAGAGUUUUGAGAGACCACCAUGUACAGAAUCAUUCAAUAUUUUUUGCACAAGAUAAAGUACCUUUGACACCAAAUGAGGUGACAGUUCAGUUGACACCAGCUGAGAGGGCAGCUAUUCAUGACUAUGUAGUGGAGAAAGCUAAAAAUGAGAGGAGACUUAACAGACAUGAAUCUGACCAGUUCUUAUCGACUGAUUUACAAGAAAUGGUGAAGCAAAAAGAUGCAUUGGACAGAAACAAACCUAAAAGUUAUAUGGAAUAUUUGGCACAACAAAGAGAUUAUAAACGUAGGAGACAAUCUUACAGGGCAAAGAAUGUACAUAUUACAAGGAAAUCUUACACCGAGAUCAUCAGAGAAGUGAUAGAAAAUCAGACAGAAUAUGUAGCCAUGUUGAGACAAGAAGAAGCUGAAUCAGCACCAAGUAGGCUAGAAGAAAAACCAGAUGAAUCAGAUGAACUUGAUGAUCUAAAUGAAGAAGAAAAAGAAGAUAUCAAAGAUAAUGGCCAUAGAGGAAGAAGUAAAGUGAAAAAGAAGAAAAAACACAAGAAACACAAACAUAAACACACAAAUAAAUCUGCUUCUAGGUCAAAGAGUAGGUCAAGGUCUGAAAGCAGAUCACGAUACAGGUCAAGGUCAAGGCAAUAGUCAUAUAUUGGAUCUCAUAUAGCUCACUUGUUACAAUUGCAUGAGCAUAAAGCUCUUUGUCAUCAGUUUGUUUCUUGUUAGAAGGGUGACUUUAAAAGGAUGUUUGCUUUGUAGACACUGCAAGAAUAAAAAAUUUGAUGCCACCCAGUAUUUGACAUGGGUUACAGGUUGAAUAAAAUGUAUAAUUACACCUUAUAUAAGAAAGCCAGAUUUUGAUUGGUUGAUAGCAUGUUUAUUUUUCGCAUAUUCUAAUAUUUUUUCCUCAUUUCAAACAAAUUUGCCUGUUUUUCACCACUGCCGGUGAAUUUGCCUCAAAUACUAUGGUAUUUGCCAUUUUGGAUAUUCCUUUUUUACCCUCUUGAGCAUUUUCCCGCCAAAAAUUUUUGGGUAAUGGCGUUACAUAAAAAAGCGAGCUAAUGCGUAUUAGUACAUGUAUAAUUCCCGCGGUUCUAUGAUAAUAUCCUCUUAUCCUCAAAAUUAUGCAUAAACAUGUUAAUUAGUUUCAAUCCAAAUCUAUUCAGUGUAAUUAAACAGAUAUAUCAUGUUAUGAAGGGGUAUUUGCGAAAAAUACCAGUCUUGGGAUCGAAUUU